AACUGUCAGCUUAACUACACAUAUGUAGUCUAAUGUACAAUAUACAUUGUUUCUUUAGACGCAAUUUUUUUUUAUUAUAUAGUAAAUAAAUAACUACAAUUAAUGUUGAAAACAAUACUCAAAUUAACUAAUAAUAAUUGUGUAGUUUUUACUAAUCGGAUAAAAUUAAUACAUGCAAGUUUAAAUUCACAUCAAAGCAUCAAGAAGAUGUCCUCAAAAGCGUUAGAUGCUGUACCUAAAGUAGAUAUAGAUCCUUCUGGCGUAUUUAAAUAUAUUCUAAUCAAAGUACAUGACGAAGAAAAAAACAAUGAAGAAACUUCUACUGUCAUUGUUCGGGGUUACAAGAGAUGCAAUUACCAUUCAGAUAUAUACGAUGAGGUUCAAGAGAAACUACAGCCGUUAGACUGUGAACCAUUAGGUGGGGGAAGAAUAUCACAUGAGCCAGAUAAUAAGAAAAUUCACAUCUAUGGAUAUUCACAAGGUUAUGGCAAAGCAGACCAUGAAGUAACCGCCAAAAUUGUCAAAGAUGCAUACCCCAGCUAUACAAUCACUGUUAGUGAUGAGGGAUAUUAAAUGCAGUGCUAUGUGAAUGAAAUACAAUUAUUUAAGUAUUAUUUAAUGUAAUGUUGUUUUCUAGCUUUUUUACAUGUUAUACCUACUAUAUAUACAAAAAGAGAUGUGUGCAAUUUGCUGUAAUAUACUACUUUUAUAUUCUUAUAUGAUUAAACUAUUACAGGCAAUAAAUAUGUUAAAAUAGAAAAUUCUGUAUUUGGAAUAACUUUAAAAAAUAAACUUAACAUUAUUGCACUGAA